AUGCCUUCAAUCUUAUCAUUGAUAUUAUGGACACUGUUGUCAUUGGUGGCCACGUAUUCCUCGACAUCAGCCACGGUGUCAGCGGUUCCGAGUCCAGACACGGAGUACUUAAAGCACCAACAGAUGGUUGAAUACCUGAACCAAUUGCGAGACAAUUACACACAUUUAGUCGAGUUAUCAUCGAUCGGCAAAAGUGUGCAAAACCGGGAACUCAUGACCAUUGCCAUCACCAACAGGUCCAACGGUUCCACUACACGACAAGUCUUGAAACCAAUGUUCAAAUACGUGGCUAACAUUCACGGCAACGAAGCGCUCGGCAGACAAUUGCUGCUAAUGUUAGCCAAACACCUGUGCGAUGGGUACGGACGCGACCAGAGGGUGACCCGGAUGUUGGACACGACUGAAGUACAUCUGAUGCCAUCACUGAAUCCGGACGGCUUCGAGUCGGCCAAAGAGGGCGACUGUUUCGGCGCCGAACGCCUGUCGGGCCGUCAAAACGCCCACAACGUGGACCUCAACCGCGACUUUCCCGAUCAGUUUGUCACUCAAGAGGUGGACGACAGUCAGCGACAACCGGAGACAUUGGCGGCCAUGACGUGGAUUGUGUCCAAUCCGUUCGUACUGUCCGCUGCACUUCAUGGCGGGUCAGUUGUGGCCAGUUAUCCAUACGACGACUCACCCAAACAUAUAGUCACCGGACAUAAGAGUCCCACACCUGAUGACGAACUGUUCCUGAAGUUGGCUAAGAUUUACGCUGAGAAUCAUAAGACUAUGAGGAAUGGGAGCGUCUGUUUGGACGAUAACUUCAAGGAUGGCAUCACUAACGGCGCCGAUUGGUAUGACGUGCCCGGAGGAAUGCAAGACUUCAAUUACGUUCGGAGUAACUGUUAUGAGAUAACUCUGGAGCUCUCGUGCUGUAAAUACCCGAAAGCCGGGGAACUGUCGAAGGAAUGGCUCAAUAAUAAAGAAUCUCUUCUGUCGUACAUCGAAAUGGUCCAAAUGGGAGUCAAAGGUCUGGUGAAGGACUCCGUGACGGGUAAUGCCAUCGAAGGGGCGGUCGUUCGCAUCGAUAGCAUCGACCACAACGUGACGACCACUUCUAGAGGCGAAUACUGGCGCUUAGCCUUACCGGGUGUUUAUAAACUGACUGCUAGUGCUGUCGGUUAUGAAUCUCUUACCAAACAGGAUGUGGUCGUUAAGACUACUACCGGCGCCGCGCCACUGGUACUCGACUUUCUACUUAAUCCGAUCGGUGGGCACAGGAUUCCCAGUGUCAACACUCCCGACAUAGUGGUGCCCGUAGUGGACAACCAUAAGAGUAGUAGCAGUCAGUCAUCGUCUACGUCUACUACAACUAGUACUCCAAGUGUAGGUGCCCUACAGGACCAGCAGGAAUGGCAUGUGUCGGUCCACAAUCAGUCAGUGGACCACGAUUUCCGCACUAAGACUGAGUACAAACACCACAACUACACCGAAAUGCGCGAUAAUCUUAAGGCAUUGGCGGCCAAGUAUCCAAAAAUGACGCGACUGUAUAGUGUCGGACAGUCGACCGAGCACCGGGACCUAUGGGUGCUGGAGAUUAGCGUACAGCCCGGCGUUCAUAGACCAGGAGUUCCAGAGUUUAAAUACGUGGCUAAUAUGCACGGGAAUGAAGUGAUUGGUCGGGAACUCCUACUGCUGUUUGCCAAAUACCUUCUGGAGAACUACGGACUCGACAAUAGGAUCACUGAAUUGGUGGACAAAACGCGCAUCCAUUUGAUGCCAUCCAUGAAUCCGGACGGGUAUGAGAGGUCAUUGUUGGGCGACUGUAACUCGGAGUACGGCAGAGGGAACGCCCAUAAAGUGGAUCUGAACCGCAAUUUUCCCGAUCAGUACUCGACUUUUAAGGAGAAUCGGGUCCAAGAAGUGGAAACCCUGGCAAUGAUGAAAUGGAUUCAGUCCGAGCCCUUCGUACUGUCCGCUAAUCUACACGGAGGCAGUCUUGUGGCUAACUAUCCAUACGAUGGUAAUCCUAUGCAUAAAGACGGUAUCUAUAGUAAGACUCCCGACGACGUCCUCUUCAGACACUUGGCGCUCGUUUACUCUAUUAAUCACGCGACAAUGCAUUUGGGAAAGUCAUGUCCCAUAGACUGCGGAAUAAUGAACGAGAACUUCACGUACGGCAUAACGAACGGCGCCGAGUGGUACGCCCUAUACGGCGGAAUGCAGGACUGGAACUACUUACACAGCAACUGCUUUGAGCUGACCCUGGAGUUAGGCUGCCGUAAGUACCCGUACGAGUCGGACAUUAAAGAGUUUUGGCGACAAAACAAGAAGUCUUUGGUUGUGUUCGCCGAAGAGGUGCACAAAGGAGUGAAAGGCUUUGUGGUGGACACGGAUGGACACUCUGUACCCAAUGCCACCAUUAGAGUGGAGGGUAUCGCACAUGACGUGCAUUCAGCCAAAAAUGGCGACUACUGGCGACUAUUGAUACCCGGGACCUAUCGGGUCACGGCGUUUAAGCAAGGGUUCGCCGGUCAGACACAGACAGUGGUCAUCACCAACGGGUUGGCCACACAAAUCAACUUUACUCUGGAGGCCGGGUAUGAUCAGUGGUCAGAGAAGUACGACUUCGGUAUCAGCGAUAAUCUCGAAGCCGAUCAUUACGUCGAUAAUAACGGAUUACACGAAACGCUGGAACUGUUGGCCAAACAGAACCCGAAUGUCGUGAAGAUAUUCUCGAAUAGAGCGCCGAAUAAAGAACGAGUUCUGCACUUCUUAACGGUCUCUGAUUUCGGUGAUAAUCACGUGAAGGAUAAGCCAAAUGUGGUACUUAUUGGCGGAAUACACGGCGACCAACCCGUGGGUCGGGAACUGUUGCUUCGAUUUGUCAGACAUUUGGUCGAUGGCUACAAACGUCGUGACCCGCGUGUUGUCCAUCUGCUGCAGUCGUUGACACUGCAUGUCAUACCAUCGGUGGACGACCAGGGAUUCCAGGGGUCGACUCCCGGUGUCUGUAAUCGAUCGUUGGAUAGUAAUGACGAUUUGGAGGACAAGUUCGCCGAAGAGUUUACGAAUAAAUUCGGUUCAAUAGAGGCGCUGAAGAAGAACUUCUUAGUCUAUAAGUAUGUGACGGGUCUUAGUCUGGAGUCCUAUGGACUGAGAGUACGGUUCCCACUGAUGAUCAAUUCGGACGACUUGGACGGCCAGUCUCUGGCAUCGGUGGCCUAUAAGGCGUUGAGCAGCGCAUACAUCACCAGUAAUCCUAUGCUCGCAAAUGGUGUCAAAUGUGAUAAUCAAGAGAUUGAAGUGAAGUACAAGAAGUUGUCGCACAUUCACAACGCCGGCCAAUCGUUGUUAGACUAUGGGUUCGGUGAUCACAAGUCGUUGAUGAUGUCGGCGCUCGUGGACUGCUGUUCGUAUCCCUUGCCGUAUGAGUUGCCAAAGCUCUGGAAGAAUAAUUUGGAAUCAAUUAUGAGUUUCUUAGAAACCAGUUUAACAGGAAUAACUGGGUAUGUGUUGUCCGCUACUAAUACCGUUCCCAAAGGGGUGUCCGUUAUGAUUGAUGGUUUCGAGGAACCCGUGGAUAUCGACCCGAAAAACGGGAAAUUUUAUUUGGUUUUAAAUCCCGGCGUUUAUACCGUUCACUUCUCAGCGCCGGGCUAUGAGAACAAGUCGUUGACAGUAAACGUGAAGACAAACGAGAAUCAGAUAAUGAAUGUCAUUCUGGACUCAAUCGGACUG